ACAUCAAAACAACAACGAACGUUGGAGUCACUUUAUAGACCAACCAUUCGUAUCACAAAUGGACACUCUUUUAUGAUGAAUGCUGAUCCUGUGAUAUUGGAGACGAUACAUAGACGCAUGACAUUCUUUGAGGCAAAGACACAUUCGCCAUUCCAGCCAAAGAAGAAGAUGUUUCAUCAUCCGCGAAAGGUGUCAUUCUUCUCGCCCAAGGUCGGACGUUUCGCCACAGGCCUGCUGCCCAUCAUCAUUAGCGAACUCAAUGAUCUCGACGUUCAGUACAAUCGCAUCGAUGAGCGUAACCCUCUGCCACAGCUAUACUCCAACUGGGAUCAUUCAAUCAAGUUGCCACCUCCACCACCAAUACCUCAGAAGCCAGUGACAAAGACUAAACGCAAGAAGGCAGCUGCCAAAGAUACACAAUUAGAGGUUGAGCCAGCCACAGAGACCACUGCAACCACAUCACCAGACGAUCAAGCAACAGAAGAUGAUAUCGCUCACCUGAGAGUGUUUGACCUGCAACCACCUGACCUAGAGUCGAAGCGAGUGGAUGACAGUCUACUAUUGCCCACGGUUAAGCUUCACGACUUCCAGGUUGAGUCGAUCAACUUUGCGCUGGCCAAUCAUCGAGGCAUCAUCAAGUGUGCCACUGGCGGUGGCAAGACAAUGAUAUUGGCAUCACUCAUCAAGGCGCUGGGAGAUGAUGUCACUGUUGUCAUCCUUGUCACCAAGCGAUCAUUGGUCACUCAGAUCUACGACAGUCUGAAGGCGACGGGUGUCUGUCAACCUGGUCGUGUGUCCAGCGACUACUUUGAGCCGUCGCGCGUCACAAUAUCAACACUCAAGUCGGCGCACAAGAUCGCCGAUCUCUGUCGUAGCGCCCAGGUGAUGAUGGUAGAUGAGGUGCACGAGUUUGCCUCGCCAUCAGCGCGCCAGACAUUCAAAAUGUUUGAUAAUGCAUACUCUCGAUUUGGAUUCUCUGCCACUCCAUUCAAGGUUGGUGACCCAGUGCACAACCAUCGAAUCAUCUCUGUGUUUGGAACAUUACUAUGUGACAUAUCAACUCAAGACUUGACAAAGAUCGACAUUCUAUCAAAUGCGUAUAUCCACUUCUAUCCAAUCAACUACCCUCUCCAAAGAAAGACAACGAUCACUUCCUUCCACGACGUGGAGUCAAGGUUGGUAGCAGAGAAUGAACAUUUGAAUCAGUCGAUCGCCAAACUGGUCGAGUCCAUACCAACGGGUAGGAUAAUGAUCUUGGUCAAGCGAUUGGCACACGGCGAUGCACUGUCCGAACUCAUCCCCGAUGCCUAUUGGGUCAAAGGUGACGACGGCGUGGAGACUCGAGAGUUUGUCCUCAACAAGCUAAAGCACAGCAAGAAUGAAAAGGUCGUGGCCAUCUUCUCGGCCAUUGGUUACGUUGGCGUGGACGUUCGCAUUCACCACCUCAUCAACGCCUCUGGAGGCAAGGACCCCAACAUGACACUACAGAAGCUUGGUCGUGGACUUCGAAAGGCAGACGACAAGACUCAUCUCGACUAUCAUGAUUUCUUUUUCUCACCAAAGGUUCACAAGGCAUUGUCAGCACAUUCAUCCUCGAGGAUGUCUGUCCUGCGAAGAGAGGGCCAUCAGGUCAUCAUGGAGCCAGAGCUUCCU